GUAGCCAUCACUUCUUAGUUUCAUCCGUCGAAUUUCUCCAGUUGAAAGAGACUGUACUGCUCCUCCGCCAUACACCGCCCCCUACUCCUCCGCUGCCGCCACCUUCUCAACAAGAAGCCAAGAAAUCCAAUCAAGAAGAGCAUAAAGUCCAUAAGAAUAAGAGAUUCAUUGCGAUUUUGAUGCAAAAGCUGUUCCAUUUCUCCAAAACCCUAUUCCCACUCUCGCUAAAUUUGUUGCCAAAACCCUCGUCCGCUUCUUCUCCGGUGCCUCAUUCUUCAGUGUUCGUUCCCUGCUUCCGAUCUUACAAAUCUGCGUCAACCACCGGUGAUUUUAUCAAAAUCUCGAUGGCAUCGUCGGCAACGGUGAAGUUGCCGGCGUCACCGAUAGAAGAGGGUUUAGGGAGGAGAUUUUGGAUCAAGUUUAGAAAGGAGUGGACCCAAGCUCUCUACACUCCUUUUGUGGUCAGUUUGGCCGCCGGAAAUCUCAAACUCGAUACAUUUCGCCAUUAUAUCGCGCAGGACGUACAUUUCCUCCGCGCCUUUGCGAAAGCGUAUGAAAUGGCUCAGGAGUGUGCGGAUGAUGAUGAUGCAAAAGUUGGGAUUAACGAAUUGCGGAAAAGUGUUCUAGAAGAGCUUAAAAUGCAUGAUUCAUUUGUUCAAGGAUGGGGUUUUGAUUUGCCCAAAGAGAGCACUCCACACGCUGCAACUGUUAAGUAUACAGACUUUUUACUGGCAACAGCCUCUGGAAAACUUGAAGGAGUAAAAGCUCCUGGUAAACUGGCCACUCCUUUUGAGAAAACAAAAUUGGCAGCUUAUACUCUUGGUGCUAUGACUCCUUGUAUGAGGCUUUAUGCCUUUCUGGGCAAGGAGUUGGAGGCAUUUCUGGAUCCCAAUGAAGUUCAUCUUUAUAAGAAAUGGAUUGACAAUUAUUCAUCUGAUGUUUUUCAGGCUGCAGCUUUGCAAACAGAGGACCUUCUGGACAAGUUAAGUGUGUCUUUAACUGGGGAAGAGCUUGAUGUCAUUGAAAAGCUCUAUCAUCAAGCUAUGAAACUGGAAAUAGAGUUCUUCCUAGCUCAGCCGCUUGCUCAGAAAACUGUUGUUCCUCUAUCUAAAGAGCAUAAUCCGGCAGAACAUUGUCUCAUGUUAUUUUCAGAUUUUGAUUUGACAUGCACUGUUUUGGACUCAUCUGCCAUCUUGGCAGAAAUAGCUAUUAUAACCGCCCCAAAAUCAGACCAAAAUAAAUCAGAAAACCAACUUUCUCGGAUGUCUUCAGUCGAGUUAAGAAGUACAUGGGGAGAACUUUCCAAAGAAUACACUGAAGAGUAUGAACAGUGUGUAGAAAGCAUCUUGCUUUCAAAUAAAGUGGAAAAAUUCGAUUAUGAAGGGCUGCGAAGAGCACUCGAAGACCUCUCAGAUUUUGAGAAAAAAGCAAAUCUGAGGGUGAUAGAUUCUGGGGUGCUUAAGGGUCUGAAUGUCGAUGAUAUAAAACGAGCUGGUGAACGCCUUAUUCUCCAAGAUGGUUGUACCAGUUUCUUCCAGAACAUGGUUAAGAGUGAGAAAUUGAACACAAAUGUCCAUGUCCUGUCCUAUUGCUGGUGUGGAGAUCUCAUCCGGUCUGCUUUUUCCUCAGGUGGCUUGGACUCUGUGAAUAUACAUGCAAAUGAGUUCAUCUACGAAAACUCUUUAUCCACGGGCGACAUUGUUAAGAAAGUUGAGUCUCCUCUCGACAAGGUUGAAGCUUUUACUAAUAUUCUGCAGAACUGCUGCAAGGAUCAGAAGAUUCUGACAGUAUAUAUUGGAGAUUCAGUGGGUGACUUACUUUGCUUGCUUGAGGCAGAUGUUGGUAUCGUGAUAGGUUCAAGCUCAAGUCUGAGGAGAGUGGGAAGUCAUUUUGGUGUUUCUUUUGUUCCUCUAUUCCCAGGUUUAAUCGAGAAACAGAAACAGUUUGCUGAGGAAAGUUCAUCUGGGUGGAAGGGCCUGUCGGGAGUUCUAUAUACAGUAUCUAGCUGGGCAGAGAUUCAUGCUUUCAUUCUUGGAUCAUAGAAAACAAUUUGAGAGAUGUUCAUAUAAUAGGAUACAUAUACAAGCUUGGUGGCUGUUUUUGUCUCAGGCCACCAAUCACCUCUGUUGUUUUUGGUACAGGGUCUUCUAAUCAGCAAUGAGCUGUGUAUCGUUCCCUUUGUUUUUUACUAUGGGGAUCAUUCAGAACUGUAAAUGCAAUUCUUUUGCCUGGUGCUCUUCUACUCGUCGAACCUUUUACUCACUCCUGCUUGAACCCUGCCCCAUUCGAUGUGUAUAAUAUUGGGUUUUUACAUUUGAAUGA